AUGUUACAGAAACUUUCGUAUCAAACGUUUUGGGAUACAUUUUAUAAUCAUCCAAAAAACACGCUUGAAAAUAUAACAGCGUAUGUAAAUGUGGCUUUCACCCAUGAGCAGAUUUACAAGGAACUGAAAGACGAUAAAACAAUUUUUAUUAUUGCAGAAAUCAAAUCGGACGCGGUUGGCUAUGCCAGAUUGACUUUUGGCAACUAUGAACAUGGAAUCAUUGCAAAAAGACCCGUUGAACUUGUUCGCCUGUAUUCGACACAAGAGUAUUUGGGCAAAGGUGUCGGAACAAAAUUAAUGGAAGAAUGCAUCGAAAUUGCCAAAAAAUAUAACUGUGAUGUUAUUUGGCUUGGCGUUUGGGAACAUAAUGGAAGGGCGCAGUCAUUUUAUCGCAAACACGGUUUUGAAAUUGUUGGAGACCAUAUUUUUUAUCUUGGCUCUGAUGCUCAGACUGAUCUACUUAUGCAGAAAAAUUUAUAA